UUCUAUUGGUUCCAAAAUGAUAAGAAUUCUGUGUUCACAAACCGUUACUAAUUCCAAAUAUAUAGUUUGAGUUCAUCCCCUUCAAAGAGUAAUCCCUUACUCAUUAAACUCUGCAAAUAUCACCAACUGCAACAAAAGCAACCAAAAAUGGCAACAAUCACCGGUCUCAGCCUCUCAACCCCGAAAGUCCAAGCUAGGAUGCCAGACAUGGGAAAGCCCCACCUCUUCAGAACCCCAUACCUGAACCAACCAUGGAGACGGGCCUCUGCAUUUGGAUCCGGCCGCUUGCAUGUUCGACCCGUGAGGGCAGCUCCUGACAGAAUCUCAGAAAAGGUGGAGGAGAGCAUUAAGAGCGCGGAGGCGGCGUGCGCUGAUGACCCAGCGAGCGGCGAGUGCGUGGCGGCGUGGGACGAGGUGGAGGAGCUCAGCGCUGCGGCGAGCCACGCUAGGGACAAGAAGAAGGAGUACGAUCCUCUGGAGAAUUACUGCAAGGAUAACCCAGAGACCAAAGAGUGCCGUACUUACGAUAAUUAAAGUGGGAGUUUACGGGCUUUUUUUACGAACAACGUUAGAAAGUGUUCCUUCGGGGCACUAUGUGCAAACCGUAGAACAAGAACUCUUUUUUAUGAAUGUUAAUUUCGUAGAAAAUGAAAAUUUCAGAUGUUGUUGUGUGCCAUCUCCAUGGAGUUGUGUGCUUAUUUUAUUAGAAUAACAAAUAUACUGCACA